UUGUUCCAUGCACAUCUUAUCAUUGUUGGUUAGUGUUUUGUUGACUAUUGUCACACUAGCGUGUCGGUUCUACCCAUUACUUUUUCUCUGCUACAGCUACUAUUAAGAACCAAACAUGGGCCAAAGUGUAGUAUUCAGGAGGCGGCUUUCGUACAAUACUAAGAGUAACAGGAGGCGUAUGGUGCGCACUCCAGGUGGAAGGUUAGUCUAUCAAUACUUGAAGAAGCCAAAGCGUGUACCCAAGUGUGGUAAUUGUAAAAUUAAGUUGCAUGGUAUCAAGCCUGCCAGAGCUAUUGAAAAGAGUCGUAUGUGUAAGCGGAAGAAGACAGUCAAGCGUGCGUACGGUGGAGUUUUGUGUCACAGCUGUGUCCGUGAGAAGAUCCUCCGAGCAUUUUUGGUUGAAGAGCAGAAAAUUGUUGUCAAAGUUUUACGUUCCCAGAAGAGUUCAACUAAGAGCAAGUUGAAAUCUAAAUGAAUAGUUUAACUUAACCAAUUUUGAAAAUAAUAAUAAAUAAAUGUUAAUUUUAUAACAGA